CGGUGGUCGCGCGGCAUGCCGGGACGCUGCAGAAUGCCCACGCUGUGACCUCUUCCCCAGGCCCCCCUCUGUUGCACAACACGGAAGCAUGGCGGCCUCCCAAGGCUCCCCGGUGUCCGCAAACUCACAGCGCCGGCUCAGGAUUAUAUCUGGACACCUGCAGCCUGGAACAGCACCUGCGAUCUCCUCCAACGAGUGCAAGGCCACGGCGGCUCCUUCCAUUCCCAAGAAGCGGCAAGAACUCUUGAAGUGGAAUGGCUGGGGCUACAAUGAUUCCAAGUUUACUUUUAAUAAGAAAGGCCAAGCUGAAUUCACUGGAAAAAGAUACAAACUGAGUGGCAUGGUAUUACCAGCAUUGAGAGAUUGGAUGGAAAAGACUUUUGGUGCUAGUUUGGACCACAGAACUACCUCCCGAGCAUCCUUAAACGUAAGUGAUGUACCUCCAGCCAUUAUUAAUGAAGGAUUUCUUCAGGACAUAAAAGCCAUCAACAUUUCAUGUUCCCAAGAUGCUGAAGAUAGAGUUUUCAGAGCACAUGGUCACUGCCUUCAUGAAAUGUUUGUACUCAGGGAAGGAAUGUUUAAAAGAAUUCCGGACAUAGUAGUAUGGCCUUGUUGUCAUGAAGAUGUUGUAAAAAUUGUUGAUCUUGCCUGUAAACAUAAUGUGUGUGUCAUUCCAUUUGGAGGUGGCACAAGUGUAUCUAACGCUCUAGAAUGUCCUGAAGAUGAGACUAGAACAAUUGUAUCACUGGAUACUUCACAGAUGAACAGAAUACUCUGGAUAGAUGAGAAGAAUUUAACUGCUCACAUAGAAGCGGGUGUCAGUGGUCAAGACCUAGAGAAACAGCUUGGGGAGAGUGGUUACUGCACAGGCCAUGAACCAGAUUCCAUGGAGUUUAGUACACUUGGAGGAUGGGUGGCAACAAGGGCAUCAGGAAUGAAGAAAAACAUCUAUGGAAACAUUGAAGAUCUGGUUGUACACAUAAAAAUGGUUACCCCCAAAGGAAUUAUUGAAAAAAGUUGCCAGGGGCCCAGGAUGUCCACAGGACCUGACAUUCACCAUUUUAUAAUGGGAUCUGAAGGGACUCUUGGUGUGGUUACUGAAGUUACUAUUAAAAUCAGACCAAUUCCUGAAUAUCAGAAGUAUGGUUCAGUGGUAUUUCCUAACUUUGAGCGAGGUGUAGCUUGCUUAAGAGAAGUUGCAAGACAGAGAUGUGCACCUGCAUCGAUACGCCUUAUGGAUAACGCACAAUUUCAGUUUGGGCAUGCCCUUAAACCUCAGGUGGCCUCAAUUUUUACUUCCUUUUUGGAUGGGUUAAAAAAAUUCUACAUCACAAAGUUCAAAGGAUUUGAUCCCAAUCAGUUAUGUGUUGCAACCUUGUUGUUCGAAGGUGAUCGUGAAAAAGUGUUACAACAUGAGAAGCAGGUGUAUGAUAUUGCUGCAAAAUUUGGAGGUCUAGCAGCAGGAGAAGAUAAUGGACAAAGAGGUUACAUGCUGACAUUUGUCAUUGCUUACCUUAGGGACCUUGGCAUGGAAUACUAUUUGAUUGGGGAAUCCUUUGAGACUUCAGUCCCUUGGGACAGGGUGCUAGAUCUUUGUCGUAACGUAAAAGAAAGGAUCGUUCGAGAAUGCAAAGAAAGAGGUGUGCAAUUCCCUCCCCUUUCUACUUGCAGGGUUACACAGACAUAUGAUGCCGGUGCUUGCGUUUAUUUCUACUUUGCUUUUAACUACAGAGGAAUAAGUGAUCCAGUUCGCGUCUAUGAAGAAAUAGAGCAUGCUGCUAGAGAGGAAAUCCUUGCCAAUGGAGGAAGUCUAUCACAUCACCAUGGAGUGGGCAAGUUGAGGAAGCAGUGGCUGAAGGACACCAUUUCAGAUGUCGGAAUAGGAAUGCUGAAGUCUGUCAAGAACUAUGUGGACCCAGAAAACAUCUUUGGAAACCAAAACCUUUUAUAAACCCUGUUAUCUGCAGUUCUAACCAUUUUGUCUGUACGUCACAAUGUUUUAAUACUUGUACACUUAUCCAAUUAAACCAAUGCAGCUUGGGCAGGCUGAAUAAGAUGAUGCAAUGAGAUAUGUGUGGAAUGGAAGGAAUAAUGAAUGAUUGUAGGUGAUCUUGUCCUCUUUGCUAGGUGUAAGAAAUGGCCAUUGUAAUCGGUAUUACGAGGACAGUUGUGCAAUGAUGUUUGCUGCUGACAUUACAGAAAUAUGUUACAUUAACUUGCCCUCAGUUGUCAAGUCUAAGAAAUUCACAUUGUCUACACCAGUUUGUAAACAUGAAAUGCUGCUGCUGCAACAAACGGCAAUUCAAAAGUUAGUCCUGGACGUUGAUUUAUCCCUCAAUUCAAGACUAUAUUUUGAAAGAGCCAGUUGGCACUGCAAGGAAAAUACUAUAUGUUCCAUUGUAAUUUUGUAUUCACUCGUCUGUAAAUGUCAUCAGUUUGACUAAAUCCACUUGUGAAAUGUCUGCACGUUUACUCCAUUAUCUUUAGAGAGAGAAAAAAGCCAAACACAAAAUAUAACGUUUUAGCAGUAAGUGGAAUAUCAUUUUUUUUUACACAUUUACUGCAAUAUAAGAUUUAUUUUUGUAUAGACAGGCUGAGAAAGAGACAUGCAGCGGCCACACAUAUCAGAAUCAUCCAGAAGAUAUAUAGAACUGUAAAUAAAUCCUUCCUUUCACAUAGGUGGCACAAAGGUAGCCUUUGGUUCUACUUAGAGGAUUCAGGCUUUUCAUAACAAUCUGUGGAUAGGAUGCACAAAACGGCUGGUACUCAUUUCCUUGUUGCCAGCUGCUCUGUGCAAAAGCAUCCUCUACAGAGACAACAAAGUCUGACGUUUGGAACGGGCUGCGCAAGCAGCUGCUGUGUGCCUCCUGCUAGCCGGCCUCAUGGGAAGAAGCACAUUAACAAGAAAAAGCUUAGGGGGAAAAAUCAUGCUGCAUAGUGAAUGUUUAAAAGAUGGAUUCCCUGUUACAUGAAAUAUUUUCUGCACUUAUUUGUUGUGUUUUUUUUAGGUUUCUGAUAAAAUGGAGAAUAUACCUAUAUACUAGUAUCACCGAUAAAAGAUACAUUUUUCCAAAAGUAAUUUUCACAGCAUGUUCCCUUCAGGUCGUUUCUGAGAUGCAUUUGUAAUGAACUGAUUAUCUUCUUUAAACUUUUCACUACCAGUGUUUUGCAGCCCAUCUUUCUUGGUUAAAAUUCUUAUUCAGCCAUAACAAUUUUUUGUACCGAGAUCAUAACAUCUUCAUAUUGUUCAGUACAGAAUUUAUGACAUAAAAAUUGAUGCUUUCACCCAA